AAGAAAGAAGAUCUGGAUGACAGAGAGAAAAAAGAUGAAGAAGAAACUCCUACACCUGUAUAUAGUGCCAAGUGAAUUCUGGACAGCUGGGUAUGGGGCAAGCAACCAGCUAUCAAAGUACCUACAGUUAUGGGUGGGUAACUAGCCACGAAGUAUACCUUUCUUGCUCAGAUUGAAGCCCAGCUUGUUGACUCAGGGCGGCUUUAAUGAAGAGGGUUUACUUGGAAUCCCUGCUUGCUCACAGAUGUGAAUGAACUGAAGGGGUGUCUUUCUGUGCUGGUUAAAGAGCAGCAGGCCCUCGCCAUCCAGUCAGCCACCACCACUCUCAGCCCCGUGACUCAAGCAGAGGCUGGUAAUCUUGGAGCACUGUUUCAUUGCCUUGAACCAUUUUUCAGGAGAAUGUCAAAGUUAAGUGGAAAAGCAGUGGCAUUUCUCUGCCUCUUGUGGACAGAAAAAGUUCCCGGCCUGUGAGCAAAGGUGUGGAGGGGCUCGCCAGAGUGGGAUCCCGAGUGGCACUGUCUUUCGCCUUCGCCUUCCUGUGCAGGGCUUGGCGAUCAGGUAUGGUCCCUGGUGUGAUGCAUUGUUCUGCUUCCCUAACGCAUCAACAGUCUGGGUUUUGAGCUCCGUUCAGCCACCAUGUGCCCUUCGGCUGAUCCCUUGUGCUCUCUGUGCCUCGGUUUCCUUGCUUGUGAGAUGAGAGGCUGCAGAGGCUGUUUCACUUUUCAUGUCUGUGCUUUAAAGAAAAAAAAAGAGAGUGCAUGCACCCUCACCCCCACGUCAGCCACUACCAUGGAACACCUGAGUACAGACUUAAUUCUAGAAGAAUAAGAAGUUACUGUAUUGCUCAUGUGACAGCCGUGAAAUACAGAAUUGACUGGAACAGCUGUGCUAGAUUUUGGCCUGUUGAGUGAGGGAUUGGAAAGGUGACAGUGGCAUCAUCUCUCGCUGAGGGGUGGGAAGUCCAGCAGGAGAGUGAGGGGAGUGGGCAGGCUCCUCUGACACGUGUGCGCCCAGGCGAGAAUGCGGACCUCUGCAGUGAGCUGUUGUAGGAGUCCCUGGACGCCCUGCGAGCACUUCCCGAGGCCUCGCUCUUCGAUGAGAGCACCGGGUCCUCUCUGUAGCUGGAGGUGGUGGAGAGAGCGACCAGCUUCCUCAGGGAUGUUCACGGAACACCAGGCACCAAAGGGCCAGAAGCGUCCCCCUGCAGGACCAGCACUUGGCCCUGGCCAUCCUGCUGGAGCUGGCUGUGCAGAGAGGCACUCUGAGCUUUUGUGUGGCCCUCUGAGCCCCAUUGAGAGUUUCCUGAGGUACCUCACCCUUCCACAAGACAACGAGCUUGCCAUUGAUCUGCGACAAAUGGGAUCAUUGCAAGAGGUCAUAUUCAUAGGUUGGGUGUUAAUAGGAUGGAAAUACUAUGCCAAUGUGAUUGGUCCAAUCCAGUGCAAAGGCCUGGCCUACCUGGGAGUCACACAGAUUGCCUGUGCAGAGAAGCGCUUCCUGAUUCUGUCACGCAAUGGCCGUGUGUACACACAGGCCUACAAUAGUGACACACUGGCCCCACAGCUGGUCCAAAGCCUUGCCUCCAGAAACAUUGUAAAAAUUGCUGCCCAUUCUGAUGGUCGGUCACCAUUACCUAGCCUUGGCUGCCACUGGAGAGGUGUACUCCUGGGGCUGUGGGGAUGGCAGAUGGCUGGGCCACAGGGACACUGUGCCUCUGGAGGAGCCUAAGGUGAUCUCCGCCUUCUCUGGAAAGCAGGCCGGGAAGCACGUGGUGCACAUCGCUUGUCGGAAGCACUUACAGCGCAGCCGUCACUGCCGAGGGGGAGCUGCACACCUGGGGCCAUGGGAACUACAGCCGGCUGGGCCACGGUACAUCUGGUCUGCAUGAGUGGGAGCAUGCAGCAGGAGGUGGCCUCUUACAGGACUUAGUCACGGCCGUCCUAUCUGUUUGAAGGCUCCAGUGAGGACGAGGCCAUUCCGAUGCUGGUAGCUGGGCUUAAAGGACUGAAGGUCAUCGAUGUGGCGUGUGGGAGUGGGGACGCUCAAACCCUGGCUGUCACUGAGAACGGUAUGUAGAGCUCUCGCCACCCUCGACAGGCCUUCGAGGACACGCAUGGCAGCUUCCCUGGAGGAAGCCGCCCACCCUGUCGUCCAGUGGGUGUGGGGCUCAGUGUCAUUGGUGGAGAGGCCCCGGUGGUUACUGGGCUUGUUUGCCUGGGGCCUGUCAGAUGGUUCGCAGCUGCCACCAUCUCUAUGUGAGCAUUUUAUCAACUAUGCUGAUACAUGCAGUUGGGAACACAUACAGUGGUACGGUUGACCAGCAGUCCGCACGGUGGCAACAGAAGCAGCAGGCAAAUGGGAGGGUGGUCCACAAGCGUCUGCAGUGUGCCGGGCCCCAGUUAUGUGUUACGGAGGCAGUGGGCCUUUGUUUCUGUGAAGCAGUGAACAUUGAGCCCAGGCUAGUAAGAGUCAGGACUUUGUUUUUCAUGGAAUGAAAACAAAAAGAAAACUCAGCUUUCCCUGUCUUUAUUGUUUCUAUAUCAACCUCAAGUGUCAUCUAGAUUUCAUUUGCUCAGUAGCCACCCUUGUAGUGUUAACUAUCCACGUGGGUGGUCUAGAUUAGUGUGCAUUUUUCAUUAUAUUAUUUUCAGUCAUUUAAAAUUUUUCAUUAAAAUGGAGAGUUGUUGUUAUUUAAAUGCAUUUGUAUUUUUUAUGGCAAGUGUGGUCUUGGGGAGAUGGUGACUAUGGGAAAUUGGGCAGAGGUGGUAGUGAUGGCUGCAAAACCCCAAAGCUGAUUGAAAAGCUUCAAGACUUGGAUGUGGUCAAAGUCUGCUGUGGAAGUCAGUUUUCCAUUGCUUUGAUGAAAAGUGGCCAAGUUUAUUCAUGGGGAAAAGGUGACAACCAGAGACUUGGACACAGAACAGAGAAAUAUGUUCGUUAUCCAAAACUCUUAGAAGGCUUGCAAGGUGAGUGCAAAUGUAAACUUUUAAAACCCUUCAGGACAGUUUCUUUAGUAAUGUUUUAAAGUUUGCAGGUUUAAUGUUCUUAACCUCACAUUCCAUGAAUGGACUGUCAUUAGAAACUUUUACUGCCAGCUUGGUGUAGGUAUUGAUACUAAGAGGAAAGUGGGUGUGUCUCUAUUAAAAAAUGACUUUGAGUUACUCUUACCAAAUUUAAUUUACACCCAUCGAGUUUUACAAACAUUGGCACUUUCUGUGGCAGGCACGCAUUCCUCACUCAGCAGGCUGGACUCAGUAAGGGUUCCUUCUGUGUGGCGAGGUCACCUGUACUUGUACUGCAGGCACACUGAGACCGUGAGUGUGUGUUGUGCUGUGGGGCCACAUUGGGAGGUGGGAUUGGGUCCACCUGGGACACUCUCAUGUGAACUCAUCCUUGGUGGGUGAUUCCUGCUUGCUCAGUUGCAAAGGUGUCCAGCAUGCAUUGUAGUUGGAGGGAACAGAUGGAAGCCAAGCUAUGUAGAUAUGAGUGCCAGUGCCUUCAAUGUGGGCUGCCGGUGCGGGCAGAGAGGAUGGGAGCCUCCGCAAGAAGACCCUGAGAUUCUUCUAUGGUGUUCUUACUAGGGAUGUUAUGCUGCAGGAAGUUGGGGUGGGAGCCAUCAAAACUAUGAUGAUGGAGGGAUUUUUCUAAGGUAAAACUGGACUUUUCUGUACCACCUGGCCUAGUGGUUGGGAGAUAGUCUUCAUCCUAGUCGAGAACUGGCGAAGGGCAGGCAAGUUGACAAGAAAGUAGGGAAGAAGGGAAAAGGCAGUGAGAGGUACAUCAGAUGGACUCUUUAGGGUUCUCUAAGGGUGGGCAGCCUUUUUCUUAAAGGGCCAGAUUGUAUUUGAAGCAGGUGGACCUGACUGUGUUCCAACACCAGUGUCUUCACAGAAGCAGGCUUUGGGCUGCGUUCUACGGGGGGCUGUAGUUCGUUAGGUCCUGGUUACUAUAUACAUUCUUUGUGUGUUUGCUUCUUUACCAAGUGGGUUUGGAAGUGGGACUUUUAACUAAGACUUGCCAGUUCCUUUCUCCAUUAGUUUUAUUUUGAAGCAUGUUAAUAUCUUGAUGUCUAAGAGUUAAUAUCUUGAUGACUGAGAGUUUUGUGUGCCCAUACGGUAUUUAUUGUUUUCUAAGCUUCUGAGAUAAGUUGCAGUGUAAGAAGUUUACUCUGUGUCGUUGAAUGGUAUUUGAAUUUCACUUGCCUUCUUGUUUAUAUUCCCCUCCAUUAGUAUAGGAAAGCUAUGACAAUUAUUAGAUACAGAAAUCGUUUACUUUGAGGGUAUUUAAAUUACUGUUGAAAACACCUUUUGUUGUUGCUGAUGUUAACUUAUGGUAAGCUCCUAGGAUAGAAUUGUUCCCCUUACUGCAGUGUGUUUUUUCAGCUGAAUUAUUUUAUAUGUUGACAUUUCUGUGAAACACCCUUUGUGUUGGUCAUGUUAGAUUUACCAGGAAAGAAAAA